GCUCCCAUUAUUAGACCGGGGCUCACGGUCACGCUCACUCCUGGAGAUGCGCGCGUUGCUGCGAGACCAACCGAUAAGCUCGAGGAGAGAAGCGGCGAGGCGCUGAACUCAGGAGCAGGGCUGCGUGAAGAGAUAACCUAGCCUACAUUAGGCUACACCUGGACAUGGAGAGACCGAACUAGGGGCUACGAGCCAGCCAAAGCAUGACUGCGCAUUAUCUGCGCUUGGAUAUACCCAACAACGCACGCACACGCUCAUCCCAAACCGAGAUGAGGUCUUGGAACAAGUAAACACCAGGAAACUGAAACAACAACGGAAGAACUCAAUGCGCAACUUCGACUCAAUGCGCAACUUGGAGUUAUGUUGGACAUGGUUUUGUUUUCAUGAAUUCCAAAACUUUUAUGGCUACACUGAGGACGUGCUCACGUUACAACAUAAACGAAUAACUUCACAGUGCCAUUCAGAGACAAUUUAUUAUUUUAGGAAUCCAUUUUGCUUGAAUAAUGUCCAGGGUUAUGCAGAUAAAGUGAGGCACAUCUUUCGGUAACGCGCGCCAGUUAGUCUGUCGAGGCUCGACCAUUUUAUGAGCUAAAUCUGUUCAAACCAAUGUUUUCUUGUCUUUAUAGGAAAACAACUGUAUACCAUUUCAUAUUUGUUAGAAUUAUGAUAGGCGAUUUGUUUGUAAGUUAUCUACACAGCUUUAACAUUGGUCAGAUAGCCCUCCCACUGGGCACACACUGGUUGAAUCAACGUUGUUUGCACGUCAUUUCAAUGAAAUUACGUUGAACCAAUGUGGAAUAGACGUUGAAUUGAUGUCUGUGCCAAGUGGGCUGCUGUGUGCAUCUCCAUUUGAGAGACAGCGGGGACUUGAGCGAGAUAAGUUUCUGCACACUAACAUCUGAAGUAGGCUAUCCUGCCCAGGGAUGAGUGUUUGUAAAUUGUUCCCAAUCUCGUUUGUGUUGCCUUGUAUUAUAGUCUGAAAUGAGAUUUUAAGGCUAUUUCUGUGACCACCUGACCAUAACUUCCCGCUUCUUUAAAAUAUCCAAACAAUCAAGCAGCUGUGAGAUUACAAUCAAUUCUGUUUCAUGUGCUGGACAACUUUGAAUUGUUUGAACGGUUUUAUUUUCAGACAGGAAAUAUAAUUGCUCUCUGCUUUAUUCUGGCAGCGCACUCUAAUAGAAAACCAUUGAUCCAUAGUCUGGCGUGCUCCACGGGCAUAGUUUACCGUUUCGCUGCUUAGAAUGGACUUGGAGAGAGAAUGAACAGCGAUAACACAACAUGAAUACUUUUUAUUGGCUAUAUAAUGAUCAGUUAUAGCCUAAUGUUUUUUCCCUCAACAUUUAGGAAAUAAUUUUAUGUCAGCCAUCCUCAGCUGAUAUAAAACAACGUUACCAACAGCAUCUUCAUUACAACAACAUUUUAUUUCUCACUUUAAUCAAGUCCAUCCAUCGUGUUACUCAUGGCUUCACCCUUGGAUAGUGCAUGUUCAGUGGGGCUGGGCGACACUAAUGGUUCGACCAGCGGUGUUUCUCUUCCCUGCAAUCAGAGUGUCUCUUCCCUGCAACUGGCCCCCUACUCCCCCGAAUCCACGGCGCUCUUCGCUACGGCCAUCACCCUCAUGGUGGUCUUCACCAUCGUGGGAAACAUCCUCGUCAUCAUUGCCGUCCUGACCAGCCGUGCACUCCGAGGACCACAGAACCUGUUUUUAGUGUCGCUAGCGGCUGCAGACAUUUUGGUGGCGACCCUCAUCAUCCCAUUCUCCCUAGCCAAUGAACUGCUGGGAUACUGGUACUUCAAGUCUCUGUGGUGUGAGAUCUACCUGGCGCUGGACGUUCUGUUCUGCACUUCCUCUAUAGCUCACCUGUGCGCCAUCUCAUUGGACCGUUACCUGUCUAUCAGCCGGGUUACCUACUCCCGCCAGCGCACGCCCAUGCGUAUCAAAGCCUCCAUCGUGGUGGUGUGGCUCAUCUCGGCCAUCAUCUCCUUCCCUCCUCUUCUGUCGCUGAAUAAGAGCGAGCCGGGUGGGGAGGGGAGUGAGAGGGGGCCUCAGUGCCAACUGAACGACGAGCGCUGGUACAUCCUCUACUCCACCGUCGGCUCCUUCUUCGCCCCAUGUCUCAUCAUGAUCCUGGUCUACAUGAGGAUCUACCAGAUUGCCAAGCAGCGCACACAGAACCCGCCAGGCGAGCCCAGGAAAGACGGGGUGGGCUGUGCCACCCCAAGUCAAACCCCUCGGGGGAUCCAAGCCAAUGGGAAGGAGGACGGAGGGGAAACCCCAGCUAUGCCCCACAAAACCACCAGUGUCAGACCCCCCACCCUGGCUGUUACUCCAUCACCGUCCCCCAACCAGGCCAAUGAGACCCCCUCCCCUCCCACCCCUCCCACCCCCACCCCCACCACCCAAAACCUCCUCCAUCCUCCGGUUCUAUCCCUAGCUCCAACCCCAACCACCACCUCCCCUCCUACCUCCCCCCUGGGUCCCUCUCCCUCCUCGGUCUCACCGUCUCCCUACUCCACCCUCCCCCCACCAGCCCUGGCCAAACCCAAACAUGGGGAGAAGAAGGUGAAGGGGAAGAAGGGAAAGAAGUAUAACAAUAAUGGGGACAGCUCAAACAGCUCUGACAGUGACAUGGAGCAUGGGGAAGGGGGGAGGAUGGGAGUCAACAAUCCCAGCAUGGCUGGUUCAGCCGGCAUCCACUCUCCUGCCACCAUCCAGAAGUACAGGGACAUGAUCGCCACCUCUAAGGGGGCUCGGCUGGUGGCGGGAAGGAAGUCUAAGCCGGAGAGCACUCCGGGAGCAGCACGUCGUAAAGCCAUGGUGAACCGAGAGAAGCGCUUCACGUUCGUCCUGGCCGUGGUGAUCGGAGUGUUUGUUGUCUGUUGGUUCCCUUUCUUCUUCUCCUACUCACUGCAGGCCAUCUGUCCUGAGACCUGCUCCCUCCCUGAUCCCCUCUUCAAGUUCUUCUUCUGGAUUGGCUACUGCAACUCCUGUCUGAACCCCGUCAUAUACACCAUCUUUAACCAGGACUUCAGAAAGGCCUUCAAGAAGAUCCUCUGUAAGAACACCAAGGGCACCUUCUUCUAGACUGAAUGCUCUGUAAGGACAACAAUGGCAACCUUCCUUUCGUAAAGAGGCCUUAAACAGAUGACCUGUAAGGUCAGUCCCUUCUUUUCAGUCCUCUCUAAACUCUUUGAGGUGUAAAAAACUGCACAAAUAUUCUGAAAUUUGUAGAACAUUCUGACUGAUUUUACAUUCUAAUUGAUGAUAUUACGAAGGGCUGCCGAUUCUACCGUGAACUGCUACAGACCUUCAGAAUAGAACGCUGAAUCAGAUUAGCUGUAGGAUGGCUCACCUUGCAACAGAAAGAAACUCUAAGGGCUCGUUGUUUUAGUCCCUUGGUGCGUAGCUGCACACGUUCAGCCUUUACCUGGAGAACUGUGACGGUCCAUGCCAAGGACAUAGUGUGGGGAGAGCAUGUGCAAUAUAUGUUCUGUGAAUUCUACUCUGGGGGGCUUUAGAAUGAUACUGUGUAAGAAUCCAAGGGCAUGAUCAUGACAUUUUAGUAAAAGGUAGGAGGGAUGUUCUGAUGUAUGAGCAUCACACAGUAUGCGUAGAGAAGAGAGGAGGAGGAAAAUAAAAUGCUCUCGUCAAAAUAUGACUGACUGACUGACAUUAAGGUUGUCUGGGAAAUCUGUUUGAUUAAAAAUUGAGAAAUCUUUUGGGUGUGCCAAUGCACCACUGCUCGCUGAGAACUCCUGAUCAAAACACAGCAGUCUUGAGCACAGCCAUUCAAGGACUUUAAAGCAAUGAAACAAACAAAUAUCCUUUUAUCAGCCGACUGAUAAACAAAACAGAACAACGCGAGGAGAUGAUAGGCCAGACCUGUUGGCCUGUUUAAGCACAACCAGAGGCACUUCUCUUUAUCAGAGGGCAGAACCACGAGGUCUGCAUAUUUACUUUUAUCCUGCCUCAGGAAUAGCAUGUGUUCCUGUAGAGAUGUUAUCCACAUGAGAGAGAGAGAGAGAGAGAGACAACAUCAGGACUCUUACUGUUCAUGAGACAACUAACUCCCUCUCAAACUCUGAUGCCAACCACUGCUCUCAUGUGGGGCUUAGGCUAUAUUUUGAAAGACAACUUUGUACCAUAAACAUACCUUUCCUCUGGCUCUGUGUUUUAAGGUGAGGACAUCAGGUGCAUCUCAAUAGCCUAUUGUGGCUUCCUCUACUCGUGUCUUUUCAUUCAUCUGCACUGAAAAACAAAGGAUAUAGGUGGAUGCAAUAUGAAGGAUCAGGCAUUUGUUUCCACCUGCCAAUCUCUGUGUCAGUGCAGGUGAACUAAAAGAAGAUGAGGAGAGGAAACCACUUAACACUGUUGUUAUACACCCCUAUAAGAGAAUUUGAGUCCCAAAUGGCACCCUAUUCCAUAUAUAGAGCCCAUAGGGCUCUAGUCUAAAGUAGUGCACUACGUAGGGAAUAGGGUUCCAUUUGGGAUUCACAGAAUGUCUCAAAGAGAUGGUUAAAGGUACAGCUCCACCUCUCCCUGAAUAGCACAACAGCAAAGGUUGACCCCUAUGUUUCCUCCUUAUUAAACGCUGUUCCACCAACAUCAACAUGGAUUGGAUCUAAAGUACUAAAGUAUGAAAAUGUAUACACUCACUACUGUAAGUCGCUCUGGAUAAGAUCGUCUGCUAAAUGACUAAAAUGGAAAUGUAAUCUGUAUAUUGGAUCUAUAUAGCACAAUUCCAAGUGCUUAAAGCAUAUUACAUUGUUAAGAGGAUAAAUACUUUCCCAAAUCCCUUGACAAGGAACGCAAAUUCGGGACAUUUAAGGAUUUUUUGGAAUGCAGUAUAGUCGUCCACAUUUUUUUUCUUCUAUCAAAGACACUGGACAGUGACGAUCUGGCUUAGUUUGAGUGGAUUCACCUGACUUCAGCCUGAAAGGACAUUGCUAUUACCGAACACACUGCUCCCCAUUGAACAGAACAGAAGAGAACAGUGGAUGUCUAUGAGAGGAGAAACUCAGCCACCAGAGUGCUACUGCUGGCCUGACACAAACACUUCAAACGGUCUUAAGAACACUCUAGUUGAUAUUGAUUAUAAUACUGAAAGCCCAGCUACUUCUGGAAGGACAUUCAUCCCAUAAGAUAAUAUAGUACUUUAUUAAGCUCCCAAAUGGGAAAUAUGGGAUGGAUGAAUGAAUGAUUGAUUGAUGGCUUGAUAGAUAGAUUAAUUGAUUGAUUUGGAAAUGUACCUGCACUGGCUGACUGGACUUCUACCUGGCACUUUCCUUUAUUUCUGAGAGGUACUGCUACUCUUUACAGUUGCUCUUUAUGUACAGUGUGUCUUUCUCCCUCACAGAAGCUAUGUCUGUAACUGUGAAUGCUAUACACUAUGGGACAAGGGCUGUCGGCAACAACACUUCUAAUCUCCCGUUGUCAAUUUCUGCUGACCCUUGUGUGUGUGAGAGAGACUGUGUGUGUGUGUUUGAUUAGAGCCUGCAUAAGUGUGUGUUUGCUAAUGAUGCACUUCUAGUGGUACCAGCUGCAAGUGUCUGGUAAACUUAUAUAAAAUGUCUGAGGUAUUCAUGAACUGUGUCAGUGCCUCCUCUGGCUGGUAUUGUAUACUGUAGAUCUCCACAUACUGGUAAGAACAGAAAACAGAUGUAGUGAUAGAGAAUCUGGCCAAAGAGCUCUCUCCCUGAGGGACACUAGUCACUAGAUGGCCAUGCUAGAAUGUACAAAACUAUUAAGCAAGUACAUUAUCUAUUUGUUCUUCCUUUAGGGUUCUGGUUAGUGUUAAGGAUAUGGGUAAGGUCAAAGGCAAGGUUAGGGUUAGUUGCAAUUACUUUUUGUAGAGAGAAUUGCAUUUUGUGGACCUCCGUCCUUUCAAGCAUGGCUGUUUAGUGACGCCCUGGACACCAGCUGACACGGACAGAGACUCAGAGUGACUCUGUCAUGCUCUAAUGAAGGGCUGUGAUUGGAUAAGCUAUAUGUAAUAUUUAUUUAUUUAGAGCCAUUUUGAGUUUCCUGUUAGUUUCAUAUUUGUUGUAGAAAAAAAUUACUGUGCACUCCAAGCAAGGCAAAGCUAAUGUGAACGAAACAGAGUAAAUACUGUAUAAAUUCUGAAUAUGUUGAAUGAGAUUAAUUGAUUUAAAGUCAGCAGAGGAACAUGAUUCAGGAGCAGACCUGUGUUUGCAGGGGUUGGGGUCAUUUCUACUGGAAAACAGUCAAUGCAGAAGAUGAAUGUCAUGAAUUGAACAAAUCUUUUGAAAUAUUGGUAAAAUCUCGGUCGUGGCCUUGAAUUUUCCUGCAGCAUUUUUGUAUUUAUUUAUUAUUUUUUAACUUGUUUCUUAAACAGUUUCAAUGGUGGUUUGUAAAAUACUUCACCGUGCUGAUGGGUGGCGCUUUAACAGCCUGUGGUUGCAGAACCAUGGAGCUCAGCAAAUAACCGCCUCUGUGUUGGCACAAAUCGCUCUGCGGCAAUAACGUUCUCUUGCAUUUUAAAAUGCGAUUGUCAUUGAACUUUUGGUGCCAACAGGGCAGUCAUGAAAACUCAAUGUAUAGUGAAUCAUCAUCCGCAUCAUCAUUCUCCCUGCUCUUCUGACCUGCCUGGAC